AUGGAGGAAGCGACAUCAUAUGGAACAAAGAAAGGAAAAAAUACUGAACCAGUAAAUGAUUCUAGUGAAAAUAGAGAGGUGAGUGAUUCUGAAGAUUGUAGCGAAGAGGAUGAAGAAGAAAAUGAGAAUAUGAUAGCAGUGCAUAGAGUUGAAAUUAGUGAAGAUGAGUUAAUUAAUAUAAAGGAGCAAUUAGGAGAAGUUGUUUGUGCAGAGAUGAAUAUUGCCAACCUAGCAGUUAGAGAGAUAACAAGCAUUGCCAAAAGGAAU